AAAAUGAAAAAUGAAAAGAAAGACCAACAACAGAAACCUCGUCCUUCUCAAAAUCCCAACGAACUCUGAAUCUGAUCAGACGCAACUCUUUUCCAACUUUGGAAACUUAUCCGACAAAUAACAACAGGAGGAAGAAAAAAGAAGAAGAUCCCAGUUUUCUACGAGAUGGGAAAUGAAGGCCCGAGUUACACUGUUGAUGAUGCUCUUGUAGCCCUAGGGUUUGGAAAUUUCCAGAUUCUGGUGCUUGCUUAUGCUGGCAUGGGCUGGGUUUCAGAAGCAAUGGAAAUGAUGCUACUCUCUUUUGUAGGACCAGCAGUUCAGUCUACAUGGGGUCUUUCUUCUAAUGAAGAGAGCCUAAUAACUAGUGUGGUGUUUGCGGGCAUGCUAGUUGGAGCAUAUUCAUGGGGCAUAGUUUCUGAUACGCAUGGAAGGAGGAAAGGAUUCAUCAUUACAGCAACAGUUACUUCAGCAGCGGGCUUUCUGAGUGCUUUUGCUCCUAAUUAUAUAUCACUGAUUAUUCUUCGUUGUUUGGUGGGUAUUGGUCUUGGAGGUGGCCCUGUACUCUCAUCCUGGUUUCUAGAGUUCAUUCCUGCUCCUAGUAGAGGCACCUGGAUGGUUGUUUUUUCAGCAUUUUGGACGCUUGGAACAAUUCUUGAGGCUUCGCUUGCAUGGUUUGUCAUGCCAAGAUUGGGCUGGAGGUGGCUACUUGCAUUGUCUUCUCUCCCGUCAGCACUCCUCCUCCUUUUCUACAGGGUAACACCUGAAUCACCUAGGUACUUAUGCCUAAAGGGUAGAACGAGUGAUGCAAUUAGUGUUUUGGAGAAAAUUGCCAGAAUGAAUGGAACGAAACUCCCUUCUGGCAUUCUUGUAUCUGAUCACCAAAUUGAGCUACGAGAAAAGAGUAUUCCAUCUGAAGAUACACAUUUGCUCUCACCGGGAAGAACUGAAAAUGUAACCCCUAAACAAAUAGAUUCUAAUAUAGCGGGCAUCUCAUCACUGUUGGUGCUUCUUUCACCCAAAUUAAUUAGGUCUACCUUGCUCUUGUGGGUAGUAUUCUUUGGGAAUGCUUUUUCGUAUUAUGGCCUUGUGUUGCUGACAUCUGAGUUGAACAAUGGACGUCGUAGAUGCAUGCAGACAAAUUUGCAGUCAGAGAAGUCCCAGGAUGUGAACUACAGAGAUGUUUUCAUAGCAAGUUUUGCAGAGUUACCUGGGCUCCUCAUAUCAGCUGUUACAGUAGAUAAACUGGGGCGUAAGCUUUCAAUGUCAGCUAUGUUCUUCCUGUGUUGCAUUUUUCUACUUCCAUUGGUAUUCCAUCAGCCUGAGGGUUUAACAACAAGCCUUCUGUUUGGAGCUCGCAUAUGCAUCACGACAACAUUCACAAUUGUAUAUAUAUAUGCUCCAGAGAUAUACCCAACCUCGGUCCGAACAACAGGUGUCGGAGUUGCUAGCUCGAUGGGAAGAAUUGGUGGAAUUAUGUGUCCUCUUGUGGCAGUGGGUUUAGUACAGGGAUGUCAUGAAACAGCAUCCAUUGUUCUUUUUGAGAUUGUAAUUUUCCUUUCAGGGAUCUGUGUAGUGCUCUUUCCGUUUGAAACCAAGGGGCGUGAAUUGAGUGAUAGUGUAUCCAGUUAAAAACAUACUAAUGAAUCAGUAUGAAUUGACCACAGUAAAUGGGGCUCUCCCCCUGUGUUAUACAAUUUUUAUUCAAAUAAGAUGAUAUACAAAAACGAAUUAG